AUGACUACUCGCCGGCCCAGUACACCAAAAGAUGCCGGUCCACCACGCAUGCCUUUUGCAUCGGCAGAAGCGCUCAUAUGGGGUCCAGAAUUGAAGAAACAACAUGCCUACCUUCUUACAGAAAUGCGAGCCCUCCAAAAACAGCACGAAGGCUACAACGCCCGCAUUCAAACCACCGAAGCCGUCGCAGGCGCUGCCGAAGCCGCUACAGCACGAAUUCGCCACCUCGAACAAAAGCUCGUUGCUAUAGAGACAGAAGGCGAUGACAAGGCUUUUGAAAAAUGGGCAGCAGAGGAACUGGCACGCGUGAGUACUUUUGUAGAUGUAAAUAAAAAUGUUCGGCAAAAGAUGAUUGAGCUGGAUACUGUGGUGUCGAGGGUUACAGAGGAUGUGGAUGGGAUUAAGGGUGUGGAGGCGGGAUUUGAAGGGGUAAUGAGACGUCUAGAAUUUCUCGAGCACAGAAGGAUGGAAGAUGCAAAGAAGAUACAGAGGCUGGAGGGGGAGAUGGCGAGAGUUGGGAAGAAAGAGGAAGAGCAGAGGAAGAGCAAGAGCAAAGAGCGGUUGAUAUUCGGAGAUGAGAGAAGGUUGGUCGGCGACUAUUCGAUUCCCGGAUCUACGCAAAGUAUGACAAGACGUAUGGAAUCAAACCACGCGUUGAAUGACGAAUAUCCUAACCCCUACUUCAAUCCAAAUAGAAGGACUGCAACGCCACCUCAAACUUUGGAUGCUGACACUUCGGAUUCAGCCACUGAGCCGGAUGAUGACCUGAUGAUCUUGCCUAAAUCUGGCCUCCAGUUCAUACCUGAAGAGGUUCAAGUUCCUCAGAGUCCAGUGAUCCAGGAGAACUUCCUACGCAACUCUCCUCCUGCAGAAACUCAAAUAGUGGACCGGUCUUUGCAGGCUAUGGCACCACUAGCACAAGAGGCUCAACCCUUACCCACAAACGAACUUCCUCCGACACAGAUAGUCAACCGAGCAGUACCAAAGAAGAGAAAACAAUCUGAUCCUGCUCCCCCAACGCAACGCCUAACCCGCUCCCAAGCCAAAAAGAGUCGAGAAAUGGAAGUAAAAGACGAACGGGAGCAAGUACCCCAGCCACUCGUCCAAUCAACACAAUUACCUGGACCUAGUAUAUCGCCACGUAAGAAGGCCAAGACUGAUACGGCUCCGGCUAUCACCAAUAGCAAGACGAAGCCCACCCGGGCCAAACAGGGCGCUGCUAAACCUCGAGGAAGGCCAAGGAAGGAAAUUGUGGAUGCCGGUUCAAGUGAGAAGAAACCAGUUGCAUCUACUCAGCCGGUAGCUGCAAGACCGAGGAAGCCGAGGGCAAAAGCUGCUGUUUCGCCUACUAAAAAGACAGCCCCUAUCCCAGCACCACAAGGAGCUGUUAGUACGGUGAAGCAAAAGAGAUUGAUGGUCACUCUGCCGAUUCCACGCAAAAUGCCAGACUCCAGUCUUGAUGGUAGCGAAAACACUCAAGUCAGCGCAGGGGAUAGGGUCAAAAUGUCUCACCAGAAGGCAGCAACAACAUCACCAUUUAAAGUGAUACCGAAGCCUUUGGGCACUCGGAGCGGGAAUCGACAGGCAAGCCCACCUGCUGGUCAAGGGGAAGAUGAUGGCGAGCUCAUCCCUGAUGAAGACGAUGAACUCCUCCUUGCAUGA